UGGCGCUGUGGACAGUUUCCCUCCCGCUUUCCGUCGCUCUUUCGACAGGCAGGUCGCGGCUGUCAUGGCGGCGUGCAGGGCGCUCGUGAGUCGCGCUGUGUUACCUCUGCAUUAUCAUCAUGUGUCCAGAGGAGUGAUGCUCACACAAGUCAGAGAGAAAAAGAGAUGGAUGAAGGCUUACACACUCAUUAUGGAGAGGAAGAAAAAGAUUGAGGGACCUCCACCUCCAAAGCCGCGAUCCCAGCAGCCAAACUUUGAUUACCAUGCUGAAGUGGAGGCUUUCAGUGCCCGUCUGCAGGAGAGUUUCUCUCUGGAUCUUCUGAAGACUGCGUUUGUGAACUCGUGUUACCUGCGAUCUGAGGAGGAGAGGAGGCGAGCGCUGGGCCUUGACGCUGGGACGACCGCCCUCAACCUGAAAGACAACGGUGAGCUGCGUGUGCACGGUCAACAGUUCACAAAGGGUUUCCUUAGUGACUGGUGCAGGGGCAGCUUUCCUAGCUUGCCUGAAGAGGGUGUGGCAGCCAUUGUAGGUCACCUGACAGGGUCAGAGGUCAUGUGUCAUGUCGCACGGAACCUCGCCGUGGAGGAAUUGACGAUGAGUGCAGAGUUUCCUAUUCCAGAGGACACCCUGCAAGGAACGUUCUUCGCUGUGAUUGGUGCUCUAAAGCAGAGCAGCGGGCCUGAGCGAGCCGGGCUUUUUAUUAGGGAUUUCCUUGUGACUCAACUGAUUGGGAAAGAUCUGUUUGACAUGUGGAGGGUGGUUGAUCCCAUGGGGCUGCUGGUUAAAGAGCUGACCCGUAAAAGUGUAGCUCUACCCGAGCCCCGCCUCAUCCGGUCUGCCGGCGCCAGUACUGUGCUCCCUCUCUAUUUUGUUGGGCUUUACAGUGACCGUAAGCUGCUGGCUCAGGGUCCGGGUGAGACCGUCCUGGCAGCUGAAGAGGAGGCAGCGCGCGUGGCUCUGAGGAAACUCUAUGGCUUCACCGAGAACCGCAGACCAUGGGACUUCACCGCCCCUACCAGGCAGCUUCAGAAGCCCAGCACACGGGCUCUCGCCAGUGGAUAAAUGACAGAGACCCCAGCGGUCUAAGUUUUGUACCUUGGCUUGAAGAGCAGAUUCCAGUGGGACGCUUUUUGAAGAACCAAAAUGUAUACAUUCAUCGUCAUCUACUUGAUCACAAUUACAUGUAGGGUGAAACUCGAUUUGUUCUGCUGAAAUGUGGCCGUGGAGAUGAUGGAGGCCAAUUGUAUUUGCCCAAGAGACUGAAACUCUUGGUGUACCACAGACUAAAAUCACAUACAUCUAUCAGAGCUAGAUGAUCUGUUGCUACAUAUAAAUUGAUGUAUAUAAAUGUUAAACUUUGGUUGCUAAUAAUAAAAGUUCUGAACAAAA